AUGAAGCAUGGCCAAAACAUGAUCAUUGAUCUUGAUUCAUUGCGCUACAAUGAAGUUCUAAGGCCAGUAAUCGAAUGCCUCAAAUACUCGUCACUGGCUCAAGCGUUAACCAUGGUGGAAUCUGUUUCAUUUGUUCAUCUAUCGAAGGCUUACUCAUCUUCUCUCUACAACAAGGAAAAUGACAUCAUCUACUUCGAGGUUACUUCUCAAAAGACCUUGAUUACCAAGUCCCACUUCUGCAGACUUUUAGGGCUCACUUCAUCUAACGCUCUCGUGUAUCAAGAAUCGAUUUCCUCCACUAUCCUUAUCGAGAUGUUUUAUCAGAUGGGAUACACUGGAGACAUUGCUCUGCUGUCAAAGUUUAGUAAGCCCUUUCUUCCUCCAAUAUUUAAUGGGCUAUUUACUCUCCUAUUCAAAAGCUUUUUUGAACAAGUUGCAGGUUCAGACAACGCAAGUAUGUUGCUCUACACUCUUAUCUAUGGCCUCUACCAUGGUGUUGUUCUUGACUUUGGUGCAAUUUUAUGGAUCCACCUUAUUCAAAGCAGUGCCUCUGCCUCUUGCACACAUAAAUUUCUUGUUCACGAUUUUGGUCAGUCAUGGUCAAUCGAGCUCUAG